AUGUCUUCCGAGACUCGAUUUCAUCAGGGCGUGGCCCCGUCUCUGCGCGUAGGGGAUGCUCGUGCUACUGUCUCAGUACACGCUCUUUCCUGCGGUCACUUCACCCUCCCAGAGUACCAGUUCGUCCAUCCUAUCUCACGAGACGCACGCAAAACCGUACCAUCCCUUGCGUUCCUCAUUCAGCAUCGAGACCAAAACACCGACAAACUGACACGGAUUGUCUUCGAUCUCGGGUUGCGGAGGGACGUGAAAAGAUACGCAGCCCCAAUACAGAGACACAUCGAAACGCGACAGCCUAUGAUUACUGAUCCAGAUGUCACUAAGAGCCUGGCACAGGGUGGACUGAAACCUGAGGAUAUCGAUUACGUGAUAUACUCACAUGUACACUGGGAUCACAUCGGCGAGCCGCGCGCCUUUCCCACCUCGACUUUCGUCGUUGGACAUGGCUCACGUGCAUUACUGAGUAGUACGCCCUCUUCACUUCGUGGUGGGCAUUCAUUCUUCGAGUUCGAUCUUCUACCUGAAAAUCGGACUGUAGAGCUAUCCAACCCUUCUAUCCAUGGUUCGAAGAAACAUAAAGCGCCUGGCGUUCUUGAACUCGACGGGCCGUGGCAAGCAUGUGGGAGCCUCCCACACACCCUUGAUGUCUUCAACGAUGGAUCGCUGUUGAUCGUUGAUGCACCUGGACAUCUUCCAGGUCAUAUCAAUUUGCUAGCAUGGGUUUCGCCGGACCACCGGAUUUGUCUAGCCGGAGAUGCCUUCCAUGACAAGCGGUUGAUGACUGGCGAGAAGGUGAUUGGCGAAUGGGAUGAUGCGCAUGGACGUGUAUGCUGUAUUCAUGCAGAUCGAAGAAAAGCCGAGCAAACUAUCGACAGGAUCAGAACACUUGAGAAAGAGGGAGUGGAAAUCAUCUUCGCGCAUGAUGUUGAGUGGGAGAACGAGCUAUGUAACCAGACACGAUUCUUUGGUGCUGCGUAG